AUGAAAUAAAGACUUCAUAUUAUAACGAAAAAGGUAAAAUAGAGUCUUUAAAAUUCCAUUAUAAUAACCAAGAAACCGAUAUUUUUAACGAAGAUGGAAUAUCCUAAAUAGCCCGAAAUUUAAAUAAUUUUAAUUUUAAGGAAGCCUUAAUAAAAGACUACAUUUGGCAAGACGAAUUAGACCAAGAUUUUAUAAAAAACAUCUUCGAAUAAAUCUAAAAUAACGAAAAUAUAAUAAUAAUAAAUAACGAAAAAAUAUAAAAAAAUAAUACCUAUUAAAAUUAUGACAAAACCUUUAAUAUUUCAUAUACAAAAUUAGACAAUCCUAAUUUCUUUUAACUAGAAAAAAAUAAUACUACACCUUUUUUACCCCAAUAAUAAAAUCCAUAUCUUCCUUUGUAGGAAGAAUUAGUUGAUAUUUGUAUAUAAAACGAUAUGUAGAUUAAAAAUGAUAAUAUAGGCUAAAAAAAUCCUUUUAGUGAAAAAAAAGAACUAUAUAAUUUUAAGUCUUUUGAUUAUAUCAGUGAUUCUUAGGCUUUAGAAUGUGGUUUGCAAGAUUAUAUUUAGAAAAAUUAAUAAAAUCCUUCUCUAAUAAAAUAUUAGAAUAACAUUGAAGGGUGGUAUAUGUUAGAUUCUUAUUAUAAAUAGCCCUUAAGUUAUGCUUUUUUUGAUAUUUAAUUUCCAAAUAUGUAAAAUAAUAUAUCCGAAAUUGCCGCAAUGA